GUCAACUGACUUCAGCAUUAUAAAAAGGGGACUCCCCUUUAUCCCCUUUCUGUUAUUGAUUGAACAGAUUCCACGAAUCGAAACAGCUCACAAAUUUAAACUUAAAGAUAAACUACAUUUAUCACAUCUACAUGCAGUGAUAUUUAGUCAGUUAUAAAAAUGGGUUUUAAACUUCCUGCUUUAGAAAGCUUGCUUAAUAGUUAAAAUGGAUGAACCCAUUGCGAUGAACGAAAACAGAAGACAUUUAUUUGAUCGUUACUUUCAAUUAGUGGUUUUAGAUUAUGCAUUAUAUGGUCAAUUUGGGAAAAAUCGUGCUCAAAUUAAAGAAGAAACAAGAACCUUUCUUAGCACAACCAGGCCUGAUAGCUGCUACUAUAAAGCAUACUUAGAAAUUAUUCAGCUCAAUGUCAACAAAGAUCCAUAUUGGAACGCUAAAGAUGGAAAAGAUGCAUUUGAAAAGCUGGAGAUAUAUGCUCUCAAUGUCCAAAGCAAGCCUUGGAAGAAGCUGUAUAAUAAGAUAAAGAAAUACAACGGAGCAUUCUACACACUUGUGAAAGUCCAUCUUGAAAGAGCAGAGGUUAUACUGGAAGAUAUGGGAUAUGUCCCCAACCAAAUGACUUACACAAUUGAUAAUAAUGCCAAAAGGAACAGCACAAACCUUCAAAAAGUUGCAUUUGAAUGUUUCUUUGCAUCUAUAGAAUGCGAAAUAAUUCAUGAAAUCUAUUUAGAUAUGAGAAAUAGAAAUUUCACGGUUGCGCAAGUUUUGAAAUGCCGAUUGAAUUUUCAAGGUGGGGUGGGGGAGAGCGGGGAGUGGAUGGAAGAGAAGCUGAAACCUGAGGGUACACGUCAUAUUGUUGAGGUGCAUCGGGAAAAUGAAGACAUUGACCCAGAAUCAAUUCAUCUUCGACAUGCACCUAAGAGUCAUGUUGGUAGAGCCAAGUUACUGAAAACCGAUUCUGGCUAUGGAAGCAAGUUAAGUCAACAAGUGGUAAGAAAACAACCACAAUGGUCAGAUGAACAAUACAUCUCACAUUCAAUUAAUGCAAGGGAGACUCCUGAUAAGGUUAUUUCAUUGGUACGUGACCAAGAUCAAAUAGAACCUUCCAUGGAGGAGGAUAUAUACGGAGCUCCUGACAUGCCUGGUGGUGAUGGGAUAGAAACACCUAUGACAAUUGAUGACCAGCUGCAAUUUAGCCUGAAUCUUGUCAAAGAUGGGAACCUACAGCGUCCUACAUCUGACACCAAAGAUGAUGAAUGGACACUUGUAAGAUCAACUCUAAAGAGUAGAUAUGGAGAGAAAUACUAUGAUGGUGUGGGACAAAGACCCGAUUUAUUAAAACAGGGCAAUAAGGACAGUCCAAGUAAAAGCGAUGAUUUGUUAAAAUAUACAACAAAAUCACCCAAGGAGUCGAUACAUUAUAAAAGUGCACCCCCAAUUGUGUCUGAUCCCCAGGAUUACAAUACUAAAAGCAUUGAUUUGAGCAGUGAAAUAAAACAUCCUCCACCACCAGUUACUAACACACGGAAAAAUAAAUCUGAACUCAGAAAGGAUCCCUCUAUUGAAGCAAUUGAAGAAAAGCAUAAGGAGCUUGAAAAGAAACACAGGGCCGAAUUAAACCCAGUAUGGAGCAGAGAUGGUUCAACGGGAAGAGAGUUAAGAUCAAGGGGUAGAGAUCGUGAUAUGGUUCAGAGUACAUAUGACAAUGUUGAUGGUAAUUUUGUAACAGAACAGCAUGCAAUGCAUACAACCUUAUAUGAUGCUGAAAAUGUACUUUUAAAUAAAAUCCAAGACCCUGUCCCAAGUCCAACAUUUAAAUCCCCAAGAUCAUAUAGUGAAGCUGCCCAAGUUAAAGCUUCAAGAGGCCCGCCAGUUUCACCCAGACCUUCCUCGACCCCUAAGGCCCAUCCCUUAAGUAAACCCUUGCAGUCUAACAACUAUGAGUAUCAAGCUCAACGAUCACCCAAAGAAGUAGUUACAAAAUCAGUCACCACGGGCGGCAGAUCAGAGCCAUCUAGUGGUCAUGUGUUUGAUAAAUAUCAAGAUGAAAACCAGUUGAAAACGUGGCAAUGUGCAGGAUGUACGUUUGCAAAUACAUACCAUAAUAAGGUGUGCGAAAUGUGUGACAAAACUAGAUCAACACCUGGUUCAUUAGAAAGAGACAUUGUGAAGCCAUAUAGCAAAGAGUGUGCUUUGUGUACAUACGUAAACAAACCUGAGGCAAAGAACUGUGAAGUUUGUAACUGUAAUUUAAAUGGGGGAGGUUCAACUGUGGUGUAAGCAGGGUGUGUCAAAAAGAUUUGAAACCCACUGUUUCAAAUGAAAUGUCUAACCACUUAUGAUGUUCCUAAUUUAUGGAAAUUAUCCAGGACUGGUUCAAUCAAGAGCAAGUGUCCAUUGAAAUUGCAAGCAAAUAUGCGAUUCUUUGUAUCACCCGGGAAAAUGGAUGAAAAUGGUAAAAAGACACAUUACUACUUCAGCAAUACUUUCAAAACAGGUAUAUCUAACAUACAAUGACAUGAAAUAUGAUUCUUUUUCAAUAGCAUGGAAGAAACAUGUUUGCAUAAUUCAUGUUCAUAUAUUAACUCUUCCAUGCCACUGAAAAAUAAUCUUUUUUCACAUUAUCAUAUAUGUUAAAUACAUCUGUUUUGAAAGUAUUAUUGAAGUACAAGUACAUGUACUUGUAUCAAAGAAUGGAUGGGUCUUUUUACCCUUUUCAUCCAUUUUCCCAGUUGAUGCAAAGAAUCGCAUAUUUGCUCACGAUUUCAAGGUGUACUUGCUAGAUCAUACUGGUGUAAUUGCUAUUUUCUUUUGUGCAAUAUAAAAAAGUCUGUGAGCUCUGAAUAAUUGUGAUUGCAACCUUUUAUCACCAAGCACGAAAAUAUUGGCAAUAUAAAGUGAAAUAAAUUCCUGGGAAUUUCACGACUUAUAUUUCGCGAAUCAGAACUAUAAGAAAUUUGCUGCUAUUUAUAUUUUGCGAAUUUCCAAAACUCAUGAAAAAUGCGAAAUAUAGUAGCAUG